GGAUUGGAUCCCAGUUGGAUCAGGGCAACAGGUCUCAGGGAGAGCCCUACAUGGAUAUGGGGUUUCUUAAACUUGUUUGUUGGAAUUACUGGACCUAUGUUUGGUUUAUCAUCAUUUUCAUUAGUUCAGUUCUCCACUGAGGUGAGGGAAAAUUUAAAUUGCUGAGGUACACUGCUAUACUCUUUAAGUUGCUUCAGAAUUAUUGCUUUCCACCAUGGAAAAUGACUAAAUAAAUGAACCUAUCAUUGUUAACAUUUCAUGGUUUUGUGCUCUUUCCAAUUUUUUGAAGCAAUAAUACUGAACUCCAACACCUGAGGUAUCAAGACAAUGCUCUCGCCAUCUCAAAAUUUCAAGGUAAAAUAUUAGGAGAUAUUUAGAUCCUUGAAGUUUAAUUAGAAUUUUUAUUGAAUUUAUGAUUUUAACAUGGAAGAACUCGUCCAAGUGGUAUAGCCAAAAGGCAUUGUGACCUAAUUGACAGGGUUGUGGCAUCCCAUGUAAAAGAAUUCAUUAUAAAGAUGAAGUGAAAGACGAAACUUUACCAGAUACAAUGUGGAGCAAGAUGGAGGAUUGUAUUAGAGAAGUAGCUAAAUGAAGUUUUGGGACAUGGAUGAUAUUUAGCAAGUGAUUAUCAUCUUAUAGACUCUUUGUGGUAGGAUUUUGAUGUCCAAGAGGGUUUUCAAAGAAUCUGAAGCCUCAUGAAUGGUACUGCAGAACACCUGAGAAGAUAUAGUAAAUAAGAUCCAUGUUUCAAAACAAGCCCAGGCAUCAAGGGAUCGAUGGAUGUCAUUAAUUGGCACAAAGAUGUGCCUUUGAGCUUCAAAGGGGCAACGUGCCUUUGAUGUCUCUUCAGCACCUCUUUGGAGCAAUGUUGCCUGCCUGCAUGUGUGGUGCUUGGUCUGUGCCACCCUGUGCCUUACAUCUUUUCAUGGAUCUCAUAGAGGUAUGUUGGAAUGCUAUCUUUGGACCUAAAAGAAUCUGGUCUAGGGCUGCUGAAAGCACUGACACAGCUGAUUCAACAGCCAUGCAACAUGGACUAAGAAUUCCCAUGUCAGUGUUUGUACCCAGACUUCAUUUUGGUCCAUUGUAUGCUGGUCAGAUCCAGUUUAUGGCACAUUGCAUGUUGGUCACACUUGAAGAAAGUAUGUGGAGAAAAUAUAAAAUUGCACUUUGGCUUGUCAUGUUACCCUGAAUGCUUUAAGUUCUGUCUGCAUUUGCAAUUUGCAAUAUACAACUAUCCUUCACAAGUUCCAUCGUGAGAUAACAUAAUUCUUCAGAUAUACCUAAUAAGAGAAGAAUUUGUGAGCUUUCUAUCUCAUGUUCUUAGUCAUAUCGUCAUCUCAGUAGUUCAGAUCCCCUGAUUUAUGCUAUUGCCAUUAUGAACGCUAUGGCUCCAAAUGCUCCACUUUCUUAGAUCAUUGUGGAAGCAGCAUCUCUUAGUUCUAGAAUUGAGCCAUAUCUAAUUUUUCCCUGAAGCUUUUGUGAUUGUAGAAACUAGAAAGCUUCUCAUAUAAGCUAUGCACUAAAUCUUAGAUAGUUGCUAUUGUUAGCAGAAUCUAUUUCAAUUUAAUUGCUGAGUGGUUUGAUCUGCCACAAAGAACGUCCAUAAAUGACAGCCCUUGCUUAAACUUUGACAAAUCUAAUGCCUUUAUUAAAUAUUCUUCCUUGACAAAAGGUGGUAGUAGUUUGUUAUUACCGAUUACCAGAAUGAUAUCUGUCAAAGUAUCAAAUUCCAAUCCUAGUUAUUGAAUCUGAAAAACCUAUAGAAUCAAGUUGGGAUGUGAAAUUCACAUCUGAAAGCAUAUUGUACACUGAUUCAUAUCUCUCCUUUCUGAAAGAAAUACAUGAAAAGCUGACAAGGAUUCAGGUUUGAACUCAUAAAAAGAUUCAAAAAACUUGAGCUCUAGUUUCUAUGCUGCUAUUGGUAUUGGCUUCUAUGUCCAGCUUUGGAUCUCGUAAUGCUAAUAGGAUCUCAGACCGAAUCUUUGUAGGAUUCACCUCACACCAACCUGUUGCAUCUCUAUUCAGCAUAUUCUCAGCAAAGUUAUCUGCUUGCACAGCAUGUCUCCAAUUAAAAAGGAAGGUUGGCAACACCAUACAUUGGGCAAGCUCCUGGAGAGAAACACUGUUCUCUCUUCUUGAAGAUAUCCCUCUGAGUCUUCGUCAGUAUAUUGCUUCCAUAUCUAUUGAUGGGACUUCUGCAACGACCCUUAUAAUUGACAGCAACACUGGGGAGCUAUUAUGCAGACCAUUUCUCUAUAAUGAAAGUCUCCCGGAUGCUUUGCCAAUUGUUACGUCCAUUGCCCCGGAAAACCACACUGUGUGUUCUGGGUCAUCCACUCUAUGUAAAUUAGUGUCAUGGUGGAAUUCAAACAAUUCAAACAAAGGCUCUGCUGUACUAAUGCACCAAUCAGAUUGGCUAUUGUGGCUUUUACAUGGGAAGUUUGGCAUUUCUGACUACAAUAAUGCUUUGAAGGUUGGAUAUGAUCCAGAGACUGAUUCCUAUCCAAGUUGGUUGCUUGCUCAGCCAUUUUCUUAUUUGUUGCCUUCCGUUGAAGCACCAGGAAGUCCUAUUGGUUGCAUGAAAGAAGAUAUCAGACUGCGAUUUGGUUUUCCAAAGGGUUGCGUUGUCUGUACUGGAACAACAGAUAGCAUAGCAGCAUUCCUUGCAGCACGUGCUACACAACCAGGGAGAGCCGUUACAUCCUUGGGUUCAACACUUGCCAUUAAACUCCUUAGCACUUCUCGGAUUGAGGAUGCACGAUUUGGUGUGUAUAGCCAUCGUCUGGAUGAUAAAUGGCUUGUUGGUGGUGCCUCAAAUACUGGAGGGGCUGUUCUUAGACAGAUCUUCACUGAUGACCAGUUAGAAGUUUUGAGUAGUCAAAUUGAUCCCUUGGUACCUUCUCCUCUUGACUACUACCCUCUACCAGCACCUGGUGAGAGGUUUCCUGUUGCAGACCCAAAUAUGAUGCCCAGGUUACAUCCACUCCCAGAGAGCAGAGUUGAAUAUUUACAUGGCAUUCUGGAAUCCAUUGCACGUAUCGAGGCCAAGGGCUACAAAUUACUAAAGGAGCUCGGGGCAACUGAAGUGGAAGAAGUGUUUACCGCAGGGGGAGGAGCAAAAAAUCAGGUGUGGAUGAAAAUACGGGAGAGGGUGCUUGGCUUGCCAGUGCAUCGAGCAUCGCAGACAGAGGCUGCAUACGGAGCCGCGCUGCUGGCGCUGAAGGGUGUGGGACUUCAAAACUAAUUUUGCAAGAAUUAAGGCAAUGAGAGGUUAUGGUGGAUUGCCUACUAGUCAAUUUUCCACAAAUAGAAGAACCAGAGAUCAGAAUUGUAAUAGAAACUGCUAAAUUAAUUAAAACAUGCAUAUUUGAUCAGUGAUUUUUUGUCAAAAAGAAGCAUGAUCGGGUAAAAAGUAUGAUGAAGAUAAUGCGAGCAUGCAUGGCAAAACUUUCUGCUGCAUGAAUUUGCAUAA